AUGGCUGAGGUACAAUCUCCCCUUGUCGAUAUUCCAGAGUCAAGAGUGGGCAGUCAUGAUCAGGAUAAAAAUGUUCUCAUCAACCGCCUCGACGAGCUGUUGGAGAAGUACUUGCAUACCUUGGACAAGUAUCAAAGGAAUCGAUCAACUACCCACUAUGGACAAGACAACUACGACGAGCGCAUGCAGGCGAUUCGCAAAGUUUCGAUUCGUGAAGAAGCUGACAAUUCAAUGAUCUUCCUCGUUGCUGCGAAGAAAGAGGAAGCAGAAAUUAAGAACCAGAGUGACGAGGAAUCAAAGAAUGGAAAACUUGAAAAGGAAUCCGCAUCCACAUCGACUGCAACCGAUCCUGACAAAGAGAGUGAGAAACCGGCAAAGAUUGUAGAUCCAUUGCGCUGGUUUGGCAUAUUGGUGCCGCCCGCUCUCCGCUCUGCACAGUCCAGCUUCUUUGCUGCAGUUGAGGGGCCCGUUCCACAAUUGAUGGACGUGGCCAGAGAGUUGCGGAAUCAGGAGAUUGAGAUUGGACGGGUGAGAAAGCAGAUCAAGAAGCUGUAG